AUGCAUUGCGCAUACGCACUUCUCUUGUGGCCGCAGCAGCCCGAACUGUACCCAGAUCGAUUAGUUGUUUUGGCUAACCAUGGUAAAUAUCAUCAUUACGGUGUCUACAAGCCGAUGAAUAGAGGCCAGUUUCCAGCUCCCGAAUCUGAAAAAUAUUUACUCAUGACCGGUGACACCCCUGACGAAUACGGCACUUACUUAAAGGCGUAUUGCUCAUCCCGGAUGCCAAUAUCCCAGAUAGUUAGCAAAAUUAUUGAAGGUCUAUCGGUAUUAACAACUUCGUCUCAUCUCGACUUUGGCACUACGAAUGAUUCGGCACAGGCAUGUCUAGAACGGGUCCUAAACCUUUCUGAUAGCAUGCCACAUGGUGAUAUAAUAACGAUUACAGAUAUCAGACAAAAUCAUAUUUGUUCUGAUAUUAAUAUAGUUCAUCUAGCCUACAGUGGUGAAAUAUCUGAGGGUCAAUCUGUCGAAGGUUUUUUCCGGCACAACCCAGAAGCCAGAAUUAAAAUUCGCUUGGAUCAGCCGAUAAACGUGAUGGAAGUUGUCUCGGAAAGCCAGCUCCUUGGGCAAUGUCGUAUCGAAAACAAACUUCAUGUACUUGCUUGGUACCUAGGUCAUCUGCAUAUAUUUUAUAGAAUUACUGGGUCGCCACUGCUAUAUCCGCUGACAAAAAUUGAAGAGGAAACGGCAAACGGAAAGAUUAUUGAAAGUUUUAUCUUCCAGCUUUUCGAACCUUUCAAGGAUUUUAAGCAAGCAAUAAAAACAUUUGAAUCGGAACAAGAGGGAUUAACCGGAUGGUGUUCAAGGAAAUUUUGCGCCCCAGACAAAACGUUUCAAAAAAUGUACCCUACAAGUUCGGUUAUUACACAGUAUAAAUUCAGAGGACUUAAACAGGCUAACUUCCAGGAUCUGGAUGUGUUUCGUGGUCAACGGGUAAAAUAUUCUGGCUGGAGUUUCUAA